GUACAUGAUGGCAAAUGCACAGUCGCUGCCGACCCAGCAGAUGAUGGGAUCAAUGGGGGGCCCAAUGGGGGGCCCAAUGGGGGGCCCAACGGGGGGCCCAACGGGGGGCACAAUGGCAGCCUACGACCCUGGCAUGCCCUCGGGAUUUUCCUCGUCAUAUCAGCCUGCUCCUGGCCUGGGUCCCUACAUGGAAGCUCCUCUGCCUCCGACGGAAGCUGGAUAUGAUCUGGUGACCGUGACGCCGAGUGGACUGCAGGUCACGCCGCUGGGCAACGCGCCUUUGCCUGCGGGAGUUCCGAUCGUGAAUCCGGCGCACGUAUCCACGCAGCAAUUUAUGUGA